CGGGGCAAAGCUUAGGGCAGGCCUCAAACCUGGCGAGCGUGCAACCUGAAUCGACAUUGCGCGGGUGAGACGGCCGCCCGCCCAGUCGAGCUGCUCCGCGCUCUACAUUUUCUUUUCCUAUUACAUUUUACUCCGGAACUUGGGCAGAGCAGGGGGUGAAAAAAAAACUGGGGCGGAAUGGGUCUUCCUCUCGUCCCGAGAUGGCACUGCAGACAAAAGAUGGGACAGACGGACUCCACCGGAGUAAAUAAAUGGAGUUAUAUUUAUCGCUCGGCCAAAUCAUCCAAUAAUACUCUCCCCUCCCUAAUUUUUACUUUUAUCAACGUGGAUAAGGCUGGGCGGGGCAUCUCACGACGACGCCGUCUUUGUUUUCUCUCUUCCCCCCAGGAGCUCCGAUUCCUUAAGAACUUCUCCUCGCUCAAGGCGAUCAUCUCUGGCCUGCAGUCCAACCCCGUCUACCGGCUGCAGAGGACGUGGCAGUCCAUCCACAAGGAGAAGGUUGCCGUCUACGAGGAGCUGGCGCGCAUCUUUAGCGAGGAGAACAACCAGUGGGCGCAGCGGGAGCUGCUGAUGCGCGAGGGCACCGCCAAGUUCGCCGACACCGUCGGCGAGCACGACAAGCAGCUGCAGAAGGUCUUCCAGAAGCAGCAGACCAACAGCGGGAACAUCAGUCACGGCACGAUCCCCUACCUGGGGACGUUCCUCACCGACCUGACCAUGAUCGACACGGCCAUCCCGGACCUGGUGGGCGAGGGCAUGAUCAACUUCGACAAGCGGCGCAAAGAGUUCGAGGUGCUGGCGCAGAUCAAGCUGCUGCAGGGCGCGGCCAACGCCUACAACAUCCCGCACGACCCGACGUUCGACCUCUGGUUCGACUCGGUGCUCGUGCUCGACGACCGCGAGGCGUACAACCUCUCGUGCCAGAUCGAGCCCGCACCCGCGCCCGCCCCCAGCAACGGCCCCGCCGCGCAGAGCCUCUCCGCCGCUAGGGAUCAGAAGAACAAGAGGAAUACUGGGCCCGGACAUCGCAAAAACGCCUCGAUCGCUAGUACGUCGAGCAGCUCGAGCAGCCAGUUCUACUGCGACUUGGACAGCAGCAUGCCCUCUUCCCCGCACAACUCGCUGGACAGGAAGGCGUCACCCUCGCAGAUGUCGUCCUCGUCGAGCAACUCGUCGCUGCCCUCGCUGGACGUGUCGGUGGGCAGCAGCAGCAACCACAGCACGCCGGCGCGGCCGCCGCACCACCCGCACCACCCGCCGCACCUCAACGCGCAGCUCAACCUGUCGGCGCCCCUGGACACGCCGCUCGACUUCUACAUCAUCCGCGUCACCGUCGAGCCCGACGGCCCCGAGACUGAAGGUGUCAUUAUGUACAAAAGUAUAAUGCUCAGCAACAACGAGAGGACGCCACAAGUGAUCAGGAACGCUAUGCUGAAGUUGGGUAUCGAAGGCAACCCAGAUCACUAUACACUUUCCCAAAUAUUACCAGAUAAAGAGAUGCUUCUUCCUGCAAACGCCAACGUCUACUACGCAGUAAAUACGCAGUUCAACCUUAAUUUUAUUCUUAGAAACAAAAAGGUACUGAAGGAGCCAGUUCCUGUGCCACCAUGUAGAACGAAAUCGUCAAAGAAAUUACUCUUAGGAACAUAAUUUUUCCCCAACUGUGACGUAAUAGAGUGAAUGAAUAUGGAAUUCCAGUAAAGUUGAAGUAUUAGCGUAAUAAGAUUAAUUUUAAAAAAUCAAACAGUUAAUGUUAGUUGGGCCGCUUUAAUUGUACUUUCUAAAUGGUGAGAAUCACUUUCUUUUUUGGAAUGACUCAUGCUUUGGGUUAACUUUUCAUUUAUUACCCACCGCAUAACCCCCACCCCUUCCCCCAAUUUUGUUUUAAAUUACUGGCAAAACUUUCUAAAGAUUCUAUCUGGUUUAUUCCAUUGAUAAUUGAUCAAUUCUUAUUUUAAUGAAAUGUAAUGUAAAAGUUCCAGCUGAAAAUUUCCAGCUGCCAACUCUGUGCCAAGAUUUUUACACUAGUUAAGUGAUUGUCAGACACCAAGGAUGUGUAAAAGUGGAAAGAUCUAAUAACUUUUUCGAUGUUAUAUUAUGUUACCAUUACUUAUGUACCUUCAAUUUAAACUUAAGUUAAGCACAGAAACGUCUUGCUUAAAGAGGCAAAGUAAACAUCAGUGGCGUCUGUCAAUUAAAUGACGUGUCACUUCAGAUAGGAUGCUUUAUUAUUGAUGCUCAUAAAUUAUGAAAUGGAAAUAUGGUUUUGUCCACAAAAGCAAAGGCAUGUACAGUAUUACAGGCUAAGUAGCACCAUGUUAUUAUUUUACGAUUUUGUUAGUAGACAUCCAAACAGUCUAUGUUGUCUGGCACAUCCCAAAGAACUCUUGUUUAUUUUUCUAUACUUUCUCAGGGCUGUUAACUGAGAGUAACCUAGUCACAUUUAACAACCUCCUAUAGUGCUAGUUGCUAUUAUUCUAUUAUUAGCCUUUUAUUAUUUGUACAAUGAAUUGAUUCAAUUUAUAUAGCAACUUGCUUAUCAUGAGUGGGCUAUUAUACUUAUAUUAUAACUAAAAAUAGAAUUGUCUUUGACUGAUAUUGAAUGUAUAUACCACAAUGAUAAGAUUCCUUGUGAUAAUGAUUUCUGUUCUCUUAAAUCAGUUUCAUAACUCUGAACAACUGCAAAGGCACUAAUUCUACACCUAUGAUUAAGUCUGUGUAUAAAGCUAUGCCUAAGUCCGCACUUCAAUCAGAACACACAUGUUUAUGUUUUUGUUUUGUUGUUUUUUUUUAUAUUUUUCAACUUGUUAAGAUUAUUCUAGAUAUUUAAAUCAAUAUGAUAGAGUGACUGCUCUGUGAAUAUGUAAAUAGCAUGAUCAACUAUUUAUUUAAUAUUAAUACCCUCUUUAUCAUGAAAGAAUCUGUGUAAAAUUGUCCAAUGUUCUUUUUUUUUGUUAAAUAAACACUAAAUGAAAGAAA